GUAUUAUAUUGCUUUUGCCAUAAUUUAUUUGUAUCACAAUUUGACAACACUUGAAACAAAGUAAUGUUAAACUAUUCAUUUAAAACUCUAUUCAGUAAUCGCGUUGCUAAUUCUUUGGUGUAUUAAUUUUCAAUAUGGUUUACGUAAAUUCAGAUGGUAGUAUUGUAGACAAAGCUCCUUUUACUUCAUUUAAAUGGUUCUGGGGCUUCCUAAACUUCUUCUAUUACUUGUUUCAAACAUUAGUCAAUCCCAACUUUAAUAAACAUGGAAAUAAAUAUGUUACCGAUUUUCGUCCUCCUGGCAGUGGCCCACCAAAGCCACCAACUAGAAAGUACGGAGGUUUUGGUCCGUCAUCAUCAGGGCCUGCUCCGCCGCCAACUGGAGGAUGUGGCUGUGGUUAACGUCAAAUGUUUUUUAAUUUAAUUAAUGUAAAAUUUUACGUGAUUUUGAUAAUUACUGUAAAUUUAGGCCGAGGCUAACCAAGAUUCUGAGUGGUAGGUUGGAGUAUUAAGAUAUUAAAAUCGGAGAUGUGGGAGUCAGUUCUUUCUAAGUCUCCACUCUGAAUCUUACCCCGAACAUUCAACUAUAAAUUUCCGUGUACUUUCAUAAAAAUAAAUUUGCUAAAUUUAAAUUACAAAAUUACCGUAUAAACUAUAAAGCCUCUGUAAGCGUUAUAUUGCUCAGUUCGUCCUCAGUAUACAUUUACUUUCUAACACCAUAGAGCCAUAUAAUUUGAAAUAAAUAGCCAUACGUUUUAUUCCCAAACAGUUUAUUAAUAUAUUUUUUAAUUAAUAUCCUUAAAACUAGAACUAAUCUUAAAUUUUAAGAGUCAAAACAUUCUUUAUCUAAUUCCCGCUUUUUGUUUAUGUUA